GGCGCGUCUAACUUUACCCUCCAGCAUCGAUAUCCCAGCAACCUGAGAGAGCAUCUCAUACCUGCCACGUUCUCUCUAGGGAAAUGCUCUUCAAGUGAGAUAUUUUCAACUCCUUCAUUAUCAAGUGCUAUAUAAGAUUGCCACGACUCAGAAGCGCCCAUGUUUCCAUCAUCGCAUUCAGGCCCUAACACCUUUCUAACUGGACAGAUGAAAUACUAUAUCUUCACCAUCAGGAUCAGUAUAUAUAGAUCACAAAACGACAAUGGGAAGAAUACUUGGCCUCGAAAACUCCUCCCCAACGUCGCCACAUUUCUCUCUAUUGGUUGACCCACUCGUAUCUAUUUAUCAUGACUAUAGUCCUCACCCCAUAUUGGUCUAAUGGCGUUCAGAAACUCAGAUUGCAACCCCAACCGCCUCCAAAGCCUGCCCAUGGUUCGAUGCCCCCUGCAUUCAGCGACUCCAUUCACGCAGAAAGGUGCCUUGCGCAAUUGCGUUCAAAAGAUAAACCCAUCGAAAAGUACAUAUACCUUACACAACUGAAGGAUGCAGAUGAAAACAUAUUCUAUAAACUAUGUCUGGCUAACAUGCCUGAAAUCACACCUCUUGUCUAUACCCCUACAGUGGGAGAUGCAUGUCUGCAAUUCUCUCGUAAUUUCAGAAGGCCUGAGGGACUGUUCAUAUCAAUCAAGGAUAAGGGAAAGAUUGGUGCUAUCCUUCGUAAUUGGUCCCGAAAGGACGAAGCACGUAUCAGUGUGGUUACAGACGGGUCUCGUAUUCUUGGCCUCGGCGACCUUGGCGUGAACGGUAUGCCAAUCUCUAUUGGAAAACUUUCUUUAUAUGUUGCAGGUGCUGGAAUACGACCUUCAUCCACGAUUCCUAUAUGCCUUGAUCUGGGAACAAACAAUCAGGCAUUCCUCGACGAUCCUCUAUAUCUUGGCCUCCGACAGAAACGAGGUAGUGAUGAAGAAAUGACUGCGUUCAUGGAUGAGUUCAUGCACGAAAUGUCUGUUACUUUCCCAAAACUUUUGGUCCAAUUUGAGGACUUCUCAACCGACCACGCGUUUAUGUAUCUCGAGAGAUUCCGCAAUCAGUAUCCCCUGUUUAAUGAUGACAUCCAAGGCACUGGUGCUGUCGUGCUUGCCGGGUUCAUCAAUGCCGCGAGGCUUUCAUCUCAGGCAUCCGGUCGCCCGCUUACUUCCCACCGUAUCCUAUUUUUAGGAGCAGGUUCAGCAGGUGUUGGUGUAGCCAUGCAGCUACUCAGUUUCUUCACAAACGCUGGACUUUCUGUUGAUGAGGCACGCAAACGUAUUUGGCUUGUUGACUCGCAAGGUCUUGUGUACAAUGGGCGGGGUGCAAUGGCAGAACAUAAGAAGUAUUUCUCUCGACAGGAUUACACAGGAUCUCCAAUAACCAACCUCGUGGACAUCAUCUCCUAUGUCAAACCAACUGCGUUGCUUGGACUCUCCACCAUUAAAAGCGCAUUCAACCAACAAGUGAUCAAAACUAUGGCCACUCUGAACGAAAAGCCUAUUGUAUUCCCCUUAUCUAAUCCCGUCAGACUCUCUGAGUGUGAAUUUGGCGAGGCGGUCGAGUGGUCUCAAGGGAGCGUAAUUUUUGCUUCCGGGUCACCCUUCCCUGAGAUGGAAUACAAUGGCCGUACCCUUAUCCCGGGACAAGGCAACAACAUGUAUAUCUUCCCCGGCCUUGGCUUGGGCGCUAUCUUGUCUCGCGCAUCUUCUGUGACAGAUAGCAUGGUGGAAGCAUCGGCUCUUGGUUUGGCAAAUUCACUCACGCCUGAGGAACAUAAGUUAGAUCUUGUAUAUCCACGAAUUGAGCGCAUCAGGGAUAUUAGUGCUGACAUUGCACUGCAAGUCAUUCGUGCUUCACAAAAAGCGGGCGUCGACCGGUCCAAGGAUCUCAGGAAACUGUCAGACGUCGAUCUUUUGGCAUUUAUCAAGAAAAUGAUGUGGAUUCCAUAGGUUAUAUUCUGCCUAUCGUGUAUAUGGCUAAAGGGCGAAUAAAAUCUAGUACAAGAGUGUGUCCAAGUCUAAAUGAACAAAAGAAUAACAAUCUGAACUAGUACAACCUCAUGAAAAGAUCAAGUGGUACAUAUAGCUAUUAUAAUGGCACAGUAUUGUAUGAGUUGCU